AUUCCGCAAUUCUCCCUCUCUUUUGUCAUUGAAAAACUCAACGAAUCCCAUGAAGUCUUUGAUCUGAGAGAAUGGCAGUCACACAUGCCGACCUUGAACCAAGCCGUCGAAGCACCGAGCUGGGCAGCAAGACAGGAGUUCUCCUCAUGGUCUUGACCAUUCUCUGGGGCCUGUUUUGCUUCGUUCUUUGUCUCAUCGCGGAAGCCACGCGUUCUGAGGUUACACGGGUGGGAGCCGGAAACAGAGGAAAUGGAGGAAAAUAUGAAUGUGUGUAUAGUGGCAGUGGGAAAACGCCAUUGUGGUGUGCUGCUGCUGCAUUUGUUGGACUGGCAAUUGCUAUGGUGGUGGAACACACCUACAUGUUGAUUGCAGUGACUAAAUCACCACCUUCGGCUCUGGUUAACUGGGACUCUGGCUCUGCUAUUGCCAAGUCUCUGUCAUGGCAAGCCGGCUUUUUCUUUGUCACAACUUGGAUUUGUUUUUCGGUUGGGGAGAUUUUGUUGUUGAUUGGAUUAAGCGUAGAGUCAGGGCAUCUUAAGAAUUGGAAUAGGCAAAGACCAAGUUGCCUUAUUAUCCGAGAAGGUUUGUUCUCAGCUGCCGGAGUGUUUUCAUUAGCCACAGUCUUCUUCGCUGCGGGUCUAUAUUUGACAGCAUUGCGGGCACAAACAAUAUCUCAAGAGCUAGAAAACGUGCGGCGCGAAGUGCUCGAGGCGUCCGCCCUCUAUGCGUCGCCGCCGAGGUCGCCGCCGCCGCCCCCGCAUCACAUGGCAACCAUUGCAAGGGAGAGCCCCAUAACCAGAGAGAAUCAUUCUGAGCAACCAUUGUUUGUAUUUCCACAGGCUUUUAGCAAGCACUCAAAUUUAGUGUGAAGCAAGCAAAGGAUAGAUUGUGCUUCUAGCUAAGCCAA